ACUUCUUUUUCCAUCAGGCUUACCGGGAGGUGGGUUUGGAGGAAGGGAAAGGACAGUUGUUUGCUAGCAACGGUCGCUGUGGAUUUCAGAUGUCAUGUCUGUGAAUUACUAAAAUUAUUAUACAGAUUGGACAAUGUCUGGCCUGACUCUAGCUGACGAGACUGCUGGUGAUAUUCCUGUCCGGGACAUCACUUUAAACCUCAACGGGACAGGCAUUCCUGCUGCAGAGAAAGAGUUGCUGUUUUCCCAAAAUGCCCGAGCCAGGCAAGCUGUGCCGAAGAUCAGCCGACAGGAGCUGGAGGACCGAUAUCUGCGCUUGCAGGAGGAAAACCUCCUACUUAAACAACACUCACACAAACAGGAGGACAAGAUCAAGAGGAUGGCUACCAAGCUGCUCCGCUUGGUGAAAGACCGUAAGCGCAUGGAGCAGGCCUCUUCAUCAGGCCAUGUAAUAGCAGGUCGGAAUGUUGAGAUGGAGGAGAUGAUCGAGGAGCUGCAAGAGAAGAUUCAUGAACUGGAGAAGCAAAACAAUGGACUCAAGCAGCGUCUGCUCACAACAAAACAGCAGAUUCAGACCCAGAGUCGUAGACCAACCCGCUACAGUCACAUUCAAUCCCGCAUUAACUCAGGACUGUGCAGACAUCGGCAGGACACACCUGUACCACCUCAGCAGCCAAUAACACCAAGAGGAGGAACUAGACAAGUGGAGGGGGAAAUGAGCAGCAGACCCCCACAGGGGCUUUUACCUCGCUAUGGACACAGUCUUCUGGAUGAGGCUCGCUCAGAGAUGCGUAAUCUGGAGACUGUGAUAGAACUGCAGAGGGCUCAGUUGGAAGAGAUGGAGAGAUCAGCAGAGAUGUUGAGAGAGCAGCUGUGGAUCAAGGAGAGAGAGUACGAGGAAUCUCUCCUACAGCUAAGAGAGCAGCAGACCACUGGCCAGAAGUCGAACAUUAAGGACAAUGUGGAGAUGAUAAAGCUGCAGAAACAACUGGCUGAUAAAGGAAAUGCUUUCACUGUGCUGGAGGGAAGAUUCCUCCAAUUACAAGAGUGCCAGAAGACCCUAAAGGCUAGCCAUGACAAAGCGAUGGCGAAAGUGGAUGAGCUGACAGGACAGCUGAAAGAAGAGAGGCUGAGGAGUCUGGGCCUGGAGAAACAGUUACAAACUAAAGCACUGCAGGAGAGGAGGACUUCCGAGUUGUUUGAGCAAAUUCGAGAUUUGGAGAAGGAGAGAGACUUGCUCAAAGAGAACUGUGACAAGUUAAUGAACAGCGCCUUUGACGUUAGUCAUGAGCAGAAGUGGAAGACAAGAGAGCAGCAGCUCAAACUGCAGAUUGCUCAGUUGGAGAUGGCACUGAAAUCUGACCUCACUGAUAAAAACCAAAUCCUGGACAAGAUUAAGGCAGAGAGAGAUUUAAACGAGAAGCUGAUAAAGGAGAGUAAAGAACUUCAACGGAGCUAUCUGGAACAGAAACAACAGUUAGAUGAAAUAAAAGAUCGCAUGAAGUUCUUUACAAAGGAGAGUGAAAUAGAUGCUGCUGAACUCAGUGAAGCACUGAUGCUCAUAAAGGUGCGUAAAACACAUAAGAAUGGAGAUUUGGGUUUCCUGGAAAAAGUAGAAGAGGAGGUUCAAAUAGAUGCAGAACGCUCACUGAAAGAACUCCAGGCCACUUACGCUGAAACUGUCCAAGAGCUGGAGAAGACAAGAAACAUGCUCAUCAUCCAGCACAAGAUCAAUAAAGACUACCAGGCUGAAGUUGAAGCAGUUACACGAAGGAUGAAUGAUCUGAAGCUGGACAAUGAACUUAAACAGGAGAAACUGGCCCAGCUCCUGGACAUGAGAGCUGCAAAGAUAAAGAAACUUGAAGCCCAAUUGAAAGACAUUGCCUAUGGUACCAAGGCCCACGUCUUCCGACCUGACAUCACAGACGAUGAUGUGGCUGAUGAGUUUGAUGAAACAGUACACCUGUCUCGAGGGGAGAACCUUCUGGAGAUCCACCUUGGCACUGCACGCUUCAGUCCUGAGGUUCUAGACAAUCUAGGUGACAAAGACCCCUCCACUUUUUGCACUUAUGCCUUUUAUGAUUUCGAGCUGCAGUCCACGGCUGUGGUGCGAGGGCAGCAGCCAGAUUACGAUUUCACCUCCCAGUACCUUGUGAAGGUGGAUGAGCUCUUCCUGCACUACAUCCACAACAACUCUAUCACUGUGGAAGCACAGCUGGCUGAGGGCCUAACUUUCCACACCAUAGCUGCAGGACAGAUACGGCUGAGUCAGGUGCUGGAGAGGGAUGGGAAAGUGUUUGGUACCCUGCAGCUCAUAGGGGUUAGUGGUGAGAUCCGAGUUUUUGGCACUCUGGACUACUGGCUCAGAUUGAGGGUUCCUAUGGAGCAAGCCAUUCGCCUGUAUAAGGAGAGAGACAAAGCUCUGGGUUAUCUCAGCUCCAGUGGUAAAGACCAGAGCCAGGCUUCAACUUCCCAUCUCUCCAGCUUUUCAAGUAAGGAUGGAAACCUGAAUGAUCUCUACAUCACUAUACGCCGUUGCAGUAAGCUAAAAUCGAGAGGACCGCAUAUACAGCCUAAUCCAUACGUCAUUUACAAACUCUAUGAUUUCCCUGACCAUGACACACCAAUCAUUCCCUCCACCAAUGAGCCGCAGUUUGAGGAUCACAUGACUUUUCCCAUGUCCAUGAACUCUGACCUUGAUGCAUAUUUGAAGGCAGAGACUUUAACUCUAUAUGUGUUUGAUGACCUGGAUUUUGGGGAUCAGCUCUACCUGGGCAAAGCCCAUGUGCCGCUUAUAUCCCUGGCUCAUGAUAAGGCAAUCACUGGUACAUUUGAACUAACAGACCCAGCUGGUCUGCCCAGUGGUUACAUAGAUGUGACUCUCAAAUGGAAGUUUACGUAUUUGCCUCCUCCUGGCUUGGUGACAACAGCAGAGCAGGCCAAGUUUAUCACCAAAGAGGCUCCAAUCAAGCUAGCAACUGAUGAAUCUGGAAAUAUGAAUCGAGUUGAAGUGAAGGAAAUUAUUCCUGCUACGACCCCUUUGCCGAAGCCGAGAUUGCGUACCCUUACAAAACCAGCUGCUAAAAAAGUUUCAUUCUCCAAUGUGACAGAGCCUGAAAUCCAGAAGGGAGGAACUACUCCCCCCAGUGGUGAUCAGGAGAACAAGCCCUCUACUGUUACAACAUCAAAGGAGACUGUCAGAGUGGUUGAGGUGGGCCAGACCUCUGCACUUACAGAGGAAGAAGAUGAUAAAGAGUCACAUUUUUCAGAGGGCCAGGUGAUUGCAGUCGGCUCUCAGUCUGUAUCUGACGACUCUGAGAUCUCUGAGGAGCUGGAAGAGUCAAAAAAUGACAUCCAGCAAGCAGAAUGCUCGGAUCUGAGUGAAUCGAUCUUUUCAGACAGCGAUGACUGCAUCGUGCCUGCUCAGUCUUCCCAGGCCAGGAAACAGCCAUCUGAGCGGAUCCGCGUGGAGAUUGUUUCUCUGAAUCUGAAGCCAGACUCCAGGGUCUCUGCGGACUCUAGUGUGGUCAGGCUGUUUGUGGAGUAUAAUUUCCUGGACCUGCAUUCAGAGGAGACACCACUGUCACUUCCCAAACCGCUGCCUGGACACAGCAUCUACUACAACUACAGCCACGUGAUCCAUGUGGAUGUGGAGAAUAACCAGGCCAGGCGUCACAUGCUUCGAGCAGUACUAGAAGGCAGGAACAGAAAUCUGGAGAACAUCAGGUUCACGUUAGUGAGUGACCCGCCUGAGGAAGGGGAGCAAGAAAAAGAGUGUGAGGACGUGGGCGUGGCCUAUUUUCGGAUCUCUGACAUUCUGAAGAAGCAGAGGGACAUGAUAGACGUCAGCCUCGACAUUGUGGAUGUGCAGGACAGCACUGAAGUAGUGGGGACUCUGAAAGUGACUGUAGAAGCUCUGGAGGCUCUCAGGUCCAUCAUGGAGGAUCCAGACCAUGAUCACUCUAAGCUCCAGACGGAAAGAUAAUUGCAGAAAAACAGCAUUAAACUUCCUGAUGAAGCAGUCAGAAGGAUUGAUGUGAAUAAAUCAGGUGAAGUUAGUGGGUUUGUUUACAUUGCAAGGCAAAAUCAGAAUUGUGGAUCUCUCAUGUGUCUUGAAUAAAACCAAUGGAAAACUGGUGAUAAAAUUGUCACACCGAGAAUCACCAAUUUAUGACUUAAUGUUCAUGUUUAGGUAUGUUAAAGUAUAUUUAUAUUUUCAUCUAGUAAGGAAGUUAGUAAAAAAAUAAUAAUUUCUGUCUACUCCUAGCUGAGGAAACAGCAUUGAUUUGUUUUACAUAAUCCUCUAAAACAACAAAAGGCGAUAAUAACAGGCAUCUCAAAUACCCUUCCAAAUGAAUAGUAUCGAAGGGCUUUGCUUCAUUCCCCCCACAGUGUGACAUUCAUUAUGAUAUGAGUAUUUCUCUGUGGGUCUAAAGCCUCUAGUGCUCAGUUUGAUCUGCUGAUGAUGUUUAGCACAUUAAUAAUCGCUUAAUGAAAAGCCUGUUAAGUCUUAUUAACCGCUGUGUGCCACACGGCUGUUUUUAUAUUGAAGAUGUGGAAUGGAAUCUAACUGAAUUUAAUGGGAUUUAACCCAUCUCUUUAAAAUGCUAAUGCCCAUUUUCACGCACGUUGCCUCAUAGCGUACAUGCUCUCUCUAUGCUGAACGCUCGUUGGUUCUGCUACUGGAUUCUUCUGGACUUCACUUGCUUUGGAACAUAACAUUUCUAGGCUUCACUUGUGACCUUUCCGUUAAGAGAAUAGUAUUAUAUUUUUGUACAGGACCAUUAUUUUCGUACAAGAGCACAAAUAAAACUAGUCAUAUUUAUUCGAACCUUUUUCACUACUAUUUUUUAGAUAUUGUUUUACAGAAUUAGAAAUGUCAGUAUUUCUAAAUGUAUUUGAUAUUUAUUAGCUGUUAUAUGGUGCAGUUUCAUUAAAAAAAAUUCUGUGUUAAGUUUUGCUUCUUGCCUGUCACUGUUAGUACAUAUGCACAUAUAUGUUUAUUCACCUGACUCAUUAGUAUAGCUAGCAACUGUAUGCUCAGAGUGUUUAACGGAUUUGGCCUGCUGCACGGUAGGUCUGUCAGUCUAACUGAUCCAUGGUAUUGACUGACAUGGUGUGUGAGCUCUUUAUGUGUUUAGUCUGACCUCAUCAUUAGCUCUGCUCAGGAGCUGAUCAAUAGCAUCGAUCACUGCUGGCCGGCACUGCCUCUGAGAUAUUCUCCUCCACCCCGAACACAUGCAAAUAACCCUGCCACCUGAAAAGAAAUAGAGAAGAAAAAAAAAACACAAGCAGAGGUGUCCCAAGCGGUCUCAUUAGGCAUUCAGAGUUAAGACGUGGGGCGGGUCACAUUGUCAUGUGCAGAUGAUUGGAGCACAGCCCUUUGACAGCUGAGACAGGCGGGUGGGUGGCCUCGUGGCCCCUUCUCCUCUUUUGGCCCAUCUGUCAUUUUACACUGAGCUUUCUUGCCA